AUGUUCGCCGAGAAAAACUGUCACUUUUUUCUUCUUCUGUUGGCUGGGUCGACACUGGUAAUGGCUAAUCCAGUUCCGGGCUCAUGUAAAUUGCCAAAUUGCAGACGUCCAGGAACAUCCAUUCCAGGUUCCUUGGAAGCAAGCAAAAUUCCACAAAUGGUAGUCCUGACAUUUGAAGACGGCGUUAAUUCUAAACAAUUUAAACACCUGAAAGAAAUCUUUGGCGAAACCUAUAAAAAUCCCAAUGGAUGCCCAAUGAAAUACACAUUCUUUCCUACUGACAUUGAUAAUGAAUAUAAUGUGUCCUCCCUACUGGCCGGUAUGGGAUAUGAACUUGCUUCACAUAGUCUCACACACAAAGUGCCUCCCAGUGCCUGGUCAAACAUGACAGCUGAUGAGUUCAAGCAAGAAAUGGUCGGUAUGAAAACAAAACUCACAACACAUUCCAAUGCCAAAGUUGCUGGUGCCAGAAUACCUUUUCUUGAAUUGGGUGGAGAUGUCCCUUACCAAGUUUUCCAAGAAAACGGUUUUGUGUGGGACUCAAGUAUGAUUGCUGGUUCAUUAACAUAUCAAAAUGAUGCUCCUGUUUGGCCUUUCACUUUAGACGAACCUGUGUCAAAAAAAUACUGUGCUUUCGGAAAAUGUCCCAAAGGUUCUUACCCAGGGUUGUGGGAAUUUCCAUUGAAUCGUCUUUACAACGAUAAGGGCGAGGCUUGUUCUCUUGUGGAUAGAUGCGAAUUACCAGACAACACAGCUGGCGUCUUGAAAUUCCUUCGUAAAAAUUUCUAUGAUCAGUAUUAUAAUAAGAACCGCACGCCAUUUGGUAUGUACCUUCACAUCUCCUGGCUCAGAUGGUCUGCCAUUUUUGAUUCAGCAAAAGCUUUUCUAGAGGAAGUUGCAAAACUAGAUGAUGUAUACGUUGUUACUGUGUCACAGGCUCUUGACUGGGUGAAAAACCCAACACCUUUAUCCCAAAUCUCAACUCUUCCAUCUUGGAAUUGCAAACAGUGA